CGAAAUGCGCCUGCGCAGCAGAGGUUCCAUUCUUACCAAGCCCAAGCUGCAGUUUUAUCGGCAACACAGGGGCGGAGAAGAGCAUCAGCCAUGCAUUGCAGCAGCAGGAGCAACCGCGGCCAGGAUUAGAUAGGUCUGUUGCUCCUAGUCGUCUGAAUGCCUCUUCUAGGGCGUGCUGGAGUCCAAAUAUUUUUGCCCCCGCCUCUAGUGUCACCCCCAUCACUACCGCCAGGAUGGAAUGUUGAAUUGAGAAGAAUCACAGACCUGGUCAUACAGCCUGGCUGGUCCGCUCUCUGCUUUAUUUAUCUAUUACUAGUUAUUUAAACUGAACUUUUAAUAACCUGCCAGCUGCUCUUCGGACACACAUGGUGCAUUGUUGCCAUUCCCAGAAUCACAUCUUUGAAAUCCAGGCUCUUGGUAACCUUCAGCAAACAAAGAGGUGACUUAGAGGAUACAUCCGCAGCAGGACUUUUUCCAAAACUGCUGCCCUCUAGUUUCUCUGUGGCCUGUGCUGUUUUUCUAGCACAUCAUGGAGCCCACCAUGGAAUACUGUUUGGCACAGGUUCUGCAGAAAGAUGUUGGGAAGAGACUUCAAGUUGGCCAAGAACUGAUAGAUUAUUUCUCAGAUAAACAGAAAUCUGCUGAUCUGGAACAUGAUCAGACCAUGCUGGAUAAAAUGGUUGAUGGUCUUGCUACCUCAUGGGUAAAUUCCAGCAAUUACAAGGUUGUCCUGCUGGGCUUGGACAUUUUAUCUGCACUGGUGUCCCGGCUCCAAGAUAGAUUUAGAGCUCAAAUUGGCACAGUGCUGCCUAGUUUAAUUGACAGGCUGGGAGAUUCAAAAGACUCUGUGCGAGAGCAGGAUCAGGCACUGCUGCUAAAAAUCAUGGAGCAAGCUGCUAGUCCUCAGUAUGUAUGGGACAGGAUUUUGGGAGGAUUCAAACACAAGAAUUUCCGGACAAGAGAAGGAAUUUGCCUCUGCCUUAUUGCAACACUCAAUGCAUCUGGAGCUCAGAGUUUAACACUGAGCAAAAUUGUGCCACAUAUAUGUAAUUUACUUGGAGAUCCAAACAGCCAGGUUCGUGAUGCAGCAAUAAAUAGUUUAGUAGAAAUCUACAGACAUGUGGGUGAGCGUGUAAGGGCCGAUCUCAGCAAAAAAGGAUUGCCACAGUCUCGGUUGAACAUCAUUUUUACAAAAUUCGAUGAGGUUCAGAAAUCAGGAACCAUGAUCCAGGGAUCCGGUGAUAAAAACUUUGAUGAUGAUGACUCUGUGGAUGGGAACAGGCCUUCCUCAGCCAGCUCUUCGACAUCUUCAAAGGCUCCUUCGACCUCUCGAAAAGGUGGCAUGGGGACAACGCGCAGGGUUGGAACAGUAGCUCUCGUCUCAAAGACUCCAGCAACUAAAGAAGGAGCUGGUGCCGUAGAUGAAGAGGACUUCAUUAAAGCGUUUGAGGAUGUCCCAACAGUUCAGAUUUAUUCUAGCCGAGACCUUGAAGAAUCCAUAAACAAAAUAAGAGAAAUUCUGUCUGAUGAUAAGCAUGAUUGGGAGCAGAGAGUAGCUGCCUUGAAAAAGAUCCGGUCUUUGUUGCUGGCUGGAGCUGCCGAGUUUGAUACCUUCUUCCAGCACCUGCGCCUGCUCGAUGGAGCAUUUAAAUUAUCUGCCAAAGACCUGAGGUCCCAGGUGGUGAGAGAGGCUUGCAUCACCUUGGGGCAUUUGUCAUCAGUCUUGGGUAACAAGUUUGACCAUGGGGCAGAAGCCAUUAUGCCAACAAUUUUUAAUCUCAUUCCUAACAGUGCCAAAGUCAUGGCCACCUCUGGUGUAGUAGCUGUUAGGUUAAUCAUCCGGCAUACGCACAUCCCUCGACUAAUUCCCAUCAUCACCAGUAACUGUACUUCCAAAUCUGUUGCUGUUAGAAGGCGGUGUUUUGAAUUUUUAGAUUUGCUUUUGCAGGAGUGGCAGACACAUUCCCUAGAAAGGCACAUAUCGGUAUUGGCUGAAACAAUAAAGAAGGGAAUCCAUGAUGCUGACUCUGAAGCACGGAUAAAAGCCAGAAAAUGUUACUGGGGUUUCCACAGUCAUUUUAAUCGAGAAGCAGAACAUAUGUUUAAUUCGUUGGAAUCUUCGUACCAGAAAGCCCUGCAGUCUCAUUUGAAGAACUCUGACAGCAUCGUCUCCUUGCCUCAGUCAGAUCGCUCCUCUUCUAGCUCCCAAGAAAGUCUCAACCGUCCACUGUCUGCCAAAAGAAGUCCAACUGGAAGCACUACGUCACGAGCCUCUACAGUAAGUGCGAAAUCUGUGUCAACGUCAGGAUCCCUCCAGCGUUCUCGCAGUGACAUUGAUGUGAAUGCAGCAGCCAGUGCCAAGUCCAAAGUAACAUCUUCCGGAUCAGAUACCCCUUUCAGUUCUGCCGCAGCCCUGCCUCCAGGCUCAUAUGCAUCUUUAGAUGGUACUACCAGUAAAGCUGAGGGUCGUAUCCGCACAAGGAGGCAAAGCUCUGGAAGUGCUACCAGUAUCACCUCAACCCCUGCUGACACUCGAGGCCGAAGUCGGGCUAAAGUGGUUUCACAGUCCCAGCGAUCCAGAUCAGCUAACCCUGCUGGCGCUGGGAGUCGAUCCAGUUCCCCUGGCAAACUGUUGGGAAGUGCAUAUGGCGGGCUGAGCAGUGGAACAGCCAGGGGACAUGCAGUUCCAUCACCUGCUGACAAACGCAACAAGGUCCCUCGAAGUCAGGGCUGUAGCCGAGAGACAAGCCCAAACAGGAUCGGUCUAGCACGGAGCAGCCGUAUCCCCCGACCCAGCGUGAGUCAGGGGUGCAGCCGCGAUACCAGCCGUGAGAGCAGCCGAGAUACAAGCCCUGCUCGGGGCUUCCCUCCACUUGCCUCUCGACGUCAUUCCAGGUCCACUAGUGCUCUCUCCACUGCUGAUUCUGUUGGGCAGUCAGACCGGUUUGGGCUUGGACAGCCAGGCAGGUUGCCUGCCUCUAUGAAUGCAAUGCGAGUCCUCAGUACAAGCACAGAUCUGGAGGCUGCUGUGGCAGAUGCACUGCUCUUAGGAGACUCCAGGAGCAAGAAAAAGCCAGUGAGAAGACGAUACGAGCCAUAUGGGAUGUAUUCGGAUGAUGAUGCCAACAGUGACGCAUCAAGUGCUUGCUCGGAGCGCUCCUACGGUUCCCGCAAUGGAGGCAUCCCCCACUACUUGCGCCAGACAGAGGAUGUGGCUGAAGUUUUGAACCACUGUGCGAGUUCCAACUGGUCUGAAAGGAAGGAAGGACUAAUAGGUUUGCAGAACCUACUGAAGAGCCAAAGGACACUGAGCCGAGUUGAGUUGAAAAGGCUGUGUGAGAUCUUCACACGUAUGUUUGCGGAUCCCCACAGCAAGAGAGUUUUCAGUAUGUUUCUUGAAACUCUGGUAGACUUCAUCAUUAUUCACAAGGAUGAUUUGCAAGACUGGCUCUUUGUGCUCCUGACACAGUUACUCAAGAAGAUGGGGGCUGACUUGCUUGGAUCAGUGCAAGCAAAAGUGCAGAAAGCUCUGGAUGUAACAAGGGAUUCUUUUCCCUUUGACCAGCAGUUUAAUAUUUUGAUGCGGUUUAUUGUUGAUCAAACCCAAACACCAAACCUUAAGGUAAAAGUGGCAAUCCUGAAAUAUAUUGAGUCCUUGGCCAGACAAAUGGACCCCACAGAUUUUGUAAACUCCAGUGAGGCAAAACUUGCAGUUUCUAGGAUUAUUACUUGGACAACAGAACCAAAGAGCUCAGAUGUGAGAAAGGCAGCACAAAUAGUCCUGAUUUCUCUGUUUGAACUGAACACUCCUGAGUUUACGAUGUUACUUGGUGCCUUGCCCAAAACAUUCCAGGACGGUGCUACCAGGCUACUGCACAACCACCUCAAGAACUCCAGUAACACUAGCGUGGGUUCCCCUAGCAAUACCGUUGGCCGCACCCCUUCACGUCAUCCUAGCAGCAGGACCAGCCCCUUAACUUCACCUACCAACUGUUCCCAUGGAGGGCUGUCUCCAAGUCGUUUCUGGGGUUGGAGUGCAGAUGGGCUGUCGAAGCAUCCCCCUCCCCUUUUUCAGCCUAACUCCAUCCCCGCCGCUCCUUCUCACAAGACUUUCAGGCGCUCUUAUUCUCCCAGCAUGCUGGAUUACGACACGGAGAACCUAAAUUCUGAUGAAAUUUACAGCUCGCUUCGUGGGGUCACAGAAGCAAUUGAAAAGUUUAGUUUUCGUAGCCAAGAGGAUCUAAAUGAACCAAUUAAACGAGAUGGAAAGAAGGACAGUGACAUUGUUUCUCGGGAUGGUGGAAUAGCAUCUUCAGCCACAGAUAUGCGUGGAAGCAGUGAUGUUGUGGAAGGAGGAAGGAUGGCUCUCGACAACAAAACUUCCCUACUCAACACUCAGCCCCCACGUGCCUUUUCAGGACCCCGAACCCGAGAAUAUAACCCUUAUCCGUAUUCGGAUACUAUCAGCUCCUACGACAAGAGUGCUCUUAAAGAGGCUGUGUUUGAUGAUGAUAUCGAUCAACUCCGAGAUGUGCCCAUUGAUCACUCUGAUUUGGUGGCGGAUCUUCUAAAAGAAUUAUCUAAUCACAAUGAACGGGUAGAAGAACGGAAAGGAGCCCUUCUUGAGCUAUUGAAGAUUACAAGGGAAGAUAACCUGGGAGUUUGGGAAGAACAUUUCAAGACUAUUCUGCUUUUGUUGCUUGAAACCCUUGGAGACAAAGAUCACUCAAUACGAGCGUUGGCAUUGAGAGUAUUGCGAGAAAUCUUGAGAAAUCAGCCUGCAAGAUUUAAGAACUAUGCUGAACUCACAAUCAUGAAGACUCUGGAAGCUCAUAAAGAUUCUCACAAAGAGGUUGUCAGAGCUGCUGAGGAAGCAGCCUCCACUCUGGCCAGCUCGAUCCACCCAGAACAGUGCAUCAAAGUGCUUUGCCCCAUCAUCCAAACAGCAGACUACCCAAUUAAUCUGGCUGCUAUUAAAAUGCAGACUAAAGUCAUUGAAAGGAUCUCAAAGGAGUCUUUGCAUCAACUCCUUCAAGACAUCAUCCCUGGGCUGUUGCAGGGCUACGACAACACAGAAAGCAGUGUUCGAAAAGCCAGUGUAUUUUGCCUUGUGGCAAUAUAUUCAGUUAUUGGUGAAGAACUAAAGCCUCACCUUGCACAGCUCACUGGGAGUAAGAUGAAGCUCCUGAACUUGUACAUAAAGAGGGCCCAGACUACGAACAGCAACAGCAGCUCAUCUUCAGAUGUUUCCACACAUAGUUAAUGGAGACCUUUGGACAUACCUGCAGACAUAGAAGCAAUCAGCUGUGCCUCUCAGAGACCCUCCCCUCAUUGGCACACUUCAUCUGCUGAUGGAGGCCAUGCAGAUAUUUAUUGCAAUCAGUAUUUUUAGUCCUUUUAAAGCUGUUUAUUGUAGGAUAUUCUUGGUAUUGAAUGUAAAGGAAGCAAGGCCUGGGUUGCAGCCUUCAUUUGAAAAAAAAAAGGGCAGUAGAAUACUAGAGUUGAAACGCAUCUCAAUCAUCCACAAGGUAGUCAUUUCUAAAACUUGAAAAGGUUCCAAAGCUACAUCCAUGUUUUAAUCAAAGCAAUUUCUACAGAAUUGAUGAGACUUUGGCUUUAUAUUACACUGCAUUUAUAAUCAAACCUUUGAUUAGUUCCCUAAUUUCUUUUAUGCCUGAGUUCAAAAUUUUGAAUGAUCUGACAUUUUUUCUUCUUCAGGAGAAACCUGUGUAGGUUACAAUAUCAGACCCCUUAAUUGAGUGGUGAUGGCGAAUGCUUUUUUAAAGGUAUAAUAUCAUUAUCUGAAUGACACAAGGUCAUUGGAAUUCUCCAGGAGCCCUCAGCCAAUUUGAAGUGGUGCUGUUUAUAUAGGACAGUACACAGUUGUUUUAGUAUAACUAAUUUAAGACCUGCCUCUAUAUAGACCUUCCAAUAAUCUGUUUUUCCUUGUCAUGUUUUAGCACUUUUUCUAUAUUUUUGAAAAUUGCCAAAAAUGUUUCGCAAAAUUUUAUAAUGUAUUCUCCAUUUUUGCUGUAGUUGAAGUUCUGCCCACAUGGCACAUCUUGGUCCUGCUCCGCCUUUUGUUUUUGAUUUUUUUUUAAUGGAACUCUGUUCUGUUACAGUAGUUACUGGGAACUGAAUUCUGUCUUUAAGAAUUUUAUCUAACUGAAUAGGUAAGUAUGCACUGAGAGUGAAUACACUGUACUGUCUCUGAACUGGCCAAACAUCUACACUGUCACUAUCAGAAGAACUGACAGCCCUUCUCCUCAGAAAUAUAUGUGAAAUUUGCUGUUUACUACUGCUUCAACCCUCAGAAAGAGAUUUUUUGCUUUUCAAAGCUUGUUUGGCUUUCUGGGAGCUGCAACUCAUUUAACCAGGCCUUUCUUUCUUAAUAAAAUAUUGCUUUUGUUUGUCAUGUCAACAGAUGCUCCUUAGUGUGACACUUGUUCUGUUAACACCCAUCCCUCUCAUCAAGAGUCCCCGACCCUUUGAGUACUCCAGGAGUAUGUUACGUCUACCCAACUACCAUGCAAUCUGGAUUAUUUAUAAACUUGUUUUGUGUCUAAUGUAUAUAGCAAAUUAGUUCCCGUCUCUCUUAAUACUUCAGAUAUGACCCUGUUUCUUUAGGUAGUACUCAAAGGGCUAGCUCAAUCUGCACCAACUUAUUUUCUUUAAACCUGUACAAUCAGGAGUAUGUGGGGUGUUUAGUACAUAUUCCAGGUACCAGGACUUCUUGGCUACCGAUGCAUAUAUGCUGAUGGAGAUCAAUCUGCAUGUUGUCAGCGCUUAGCUGCCAGAUUGAGGAGGCCUUCCUCUUUUUCCCAGCACUGUCCCAGUGUCUGCAGCUGCCUUGUCCCUGGCUGCCUCCUGAUGCAGGGCUUUUAACUUUGUCAGACGUUAGGAAAGAGAGAGGUUUCUUUUCUUUGCGCUCUCUUCCAUCUUCUCAUGUCCCCCUCCCCUCCCAACCUUGAUAUCUGCAAAUUCGCACAGAACAACCCUGCCUGCUGUUUGGGUUGCCUUAGAGGGUGACAUCCAUGACGCCGGUGGGGCACCAGUGUUCCUGGGGCACAUAUGGAAACAAAGCAAUGCAAUCCCUUUCCACCAUCUGAAGUACUGUAGGUCUCUUACUAAGUAGUGCUGAAUCAACUGAGGCAUGUGGCUUUCUUUUAAAAGGUACACUAUGUGUGCUUGCCUGGAUUACAAUACAACACAAGACUUUUCUAUCGCUUCCUACUAGCUUCUCAAUAACCUGUAUAAGUAAUAGAACUUGCAACAUUGUCAUAUAAAUCUUCUUUCUACCACCCUCCCAGCCCCCUUUAUUUAUCAAGUGUAAUGGUUCAUAUUAAAGGACAACAGAGAAAUGUUUGUAGAAUGCAGCAGGACUUUGCUAAUAGUAAUAAUGUUUUAAAUGGGAAAUACAGGCUUACAAAGCUUCUCAGAAGAGUCAGCCAUCAGAAAGAAGUUUGUUGGCACAGUAUUCACAACGCAUGUAUUUAAUUUCUGUUUGGGUUUUUUUUUCCUUUUGGGCACUUUUGUCAUGUUACAUCCAUAUCUGUAUUUAUAUCUUAUUUGUUUCACUUUUGAGUGUAUCAUGGCAAAUGUACAGAUGUUUUUAUGUUAACAUUUACAUGAUAGAAUUUGCUAAAAAAUAAAACCUUUUGAGUUUG